AUUCAAACGCCAACAGAGCCAUGCGCUCGACACCACCGCGGCGAUCGGCGCGGACCCUACGAAGGGUAGCAUGCGCCUGUAUGGUCAUGGCCAUGGCAGCGACAACGCCUCAAGCUGUACAUGCCGCAGCCGAUGCGCCGAGCGCGGCCCUCGACGGCGGCGCUGGCGAACCUGCCCGUCCCAAGAACGUCGAGCACGUCACGCCCACCGGCGCAACGACAACGGUCAAGCGCAUCUCGAUCUCGCUGCCGAACAAGAAGACGCAAGUGGCCAACGACCCCAGCGGCCGCAAUGCUGCUGCGGACGCUCCAUCUGGCGCCGUGCAUGUGUCGACACGACACGAGGCCGAGGUCGUCGAAGUGCCCGUCGCCCCCGACGCAGCGAUCGAACCCUUUGAUGGCAUUCGAAGUACCAAGAUCUCGAAAGAGACUGGUCUCACCCUCGCAGAGCGUGUCGCUCGAGCGCAAGAUAUGGAGAAGAUGAUGGCAAAAGUCCACGACACGCUCCCAUCUGUUGACACAAUUGCAUUCGACAGCUUUGGGCGCUCGGGCGCCAUGGCCAAUGGAGACGUUGCAUCCAAAGAGCGUGAUACGACUGAUCUUGACGACAGAAGAGUGCCACUUCUCGCAGAUGCAAUCGACGGCGACGCAACACGUGACGAGCCUCAGAAGGUGGCUUGCGAUCCCGUACUUGCGUCGGCAAAAGACAAUGCGGGACCCUUGACUGCGCACCGGCGGCUGCAAGCAGACGAUCAACCGCUUGCGGGUGCCCCAUCGAAGCAGGGCGACGCGUCUGCUGAUGAUACGCCGCUCCAGAAGCCUCGCGCGAUCGAAGUGUCCAACGAGGCCCUUGACAAAGGCCCCCGCCCCCACCGUCUUCCCAACAAGGCCACGCCAAUCACAGCUUCACCGACGCACGACGAGCUCGCGUCAUGGGACUGGCAGGAAACGGUCAAUGCAUGGAUCGCGGCGGCCAGCGUGUCGCUGGAAGCAUCGAAGCACGCAUGUGCGUCCCACUUGCGCGCACUCGUCGCUGCUCUUAGUGACGCGUACGACGUGGGCGAAGCCGUCUUGUGGCUGAACGUGCACGCGACGCUCUCCUUCCUCACCGACGUCCGCGCGUCUUGUGACAAGCUCAUCGCCAACAGCGAAGACGCUCGUGUCCUUUUGCGCAACACGUGGGGCGCCCUCUUCCUCGGCGUCUUUGGCGCUGUCUUUGCUGGUUUCUACGUGCUCUUGAGCCACGUGCCCACGGUCGCUGUCGACUAUUACCGGACGCUCGACGACUUGGCCAAGGUCAAGGUCAAGCUCACGUCAGUCAUAGCCGUCGUGACAGCGCUCGUUGUCUUCAAGGCGCAGUGGUGGUUCUGGCUCGGUCUUGUCGUGCUCGGCCUCUUCUACUACUGGUCGGGCAACAAGACGGACGCGGCGCAAACCGUGCAUAGAAUAGCCCUUCGUCGCGCCCACUCGGUGUGAGCUAGCUACCUCGUACACACAUACUACAGUGAAAGAACCUGCAAUAUAGACGCCGCUUGCUGGCGUACUAGUAUAGAAGAACGCCCCCGACUUGCUUCUCGC